AUGCAGGGAUGUACGGUGUCAAGAUUUCUUUCCGUUGUGCAGAAAGAGCAUCGACCAGCAUGGUCUGCACUCCGUCAGCUCUACCUCCCACUCGGUCUCCGCACCCACUGUCCCCUUCAACCCCGGAUAACUCCGCUCGUGGCGAAACGGGGAGCUACCACAACAAACAAGAGACUCUAUAUCAACCAUGAUAUCAGGCCUGUUGCCGAGAUCACCCGUCAACACUCCUUCACCCAGGAAGUGUUUAAUCAAUCCCUCGCACUGACCCACAGCCGAAUGAACGAUGGGACCGAGUUGCGGUGCGCGCUCUUCAAUGCGAACGGCUCCAUCGUGUCUCCGGAGACUCGCAUGACCAAAUCUGAUGUUGCAAAACAAUACGGGAUAGACAUGCGCGACCUGCGUAACGCCGAUCUCGUAUCUGAGGGAUCUCCACACAUCCUGGUCCGGCCUUCCACGAUAUUCAUCAGCAUUUUCUCUUUGCGGCUACUUAUCCAGUCAGACCGGGUUCUUCUUUUUCUUCUUGACUCUGAAAACGACGAGGUCAAAAUGCAAGAUAUAUUCGAACAGAACCUUCAAUCGAGAAUACGCACCGACUCAGGGUCCGACGCUUUGCCAAGCCUCCCCUACGAGUUGCGUGUCGUCGAUGCCGCUCUGGCAUCGGUUACAGCAGUGCUUGAAGCGGAGCACCUCCUCCUUCGAGAGGAGGUUGGACAACGACUCCGCGAGUCGCAGUCGCACCGGGAGGAAGGUGUGCAUUCCACUUUACGUGAGUUGCUAGAUCAUCGGAAGAGGCUGGUUACCAUCGAGCAACGUUCGCGCCAAGUACGCUCCGCACUCCAAGAGCUUCUCAACAAUGACGAAGAUCUGGCCACUAUGUAUCUGUCGGAUCAGCGUGCAGGAAAACCGCAUGCCAUUGCGGACCAUCAAGAAGUCGAAUAUCUCUUGGAAGCAUAUUACAAGAAUGCCGAUGCAAUUGCCGAGUCUUCCAGUGCUCUGGGAGGGAAUGCCAGCCGCACGGCAGGAGCGAUUGAGUCGAUGCUAGAUGUGCGGCGCAAUCAGAUCCUGAUUUUGGAGGCACAGCUUGAGAUUUGGAUGCUUGGUUUAGCUGUGCCAACCUUCGUGGCGGGCCUGUUUGGGAUGAAUGUGAUCAACCAUUUUGAGGAGAGUGCCUCGGCAUUUGCUGUGCUUGUCUCGGCGUGUGCGAUUGGAACUACGCUAAUUGCACGGUACGGGAUGAGGAGACUCAAAAGGGUUCAGAAGAUGCAGUUUUAG